UUCCGCAAGUUCGACGCCAACGGCGACGGCAGGAUCUCGCGGGCCGAGCUGGCGGCGCUCUUCGAGAGCGUGGGCCACGCGGUCACGGACGACGAGGUGUCCCGCAUGAUGGAGGAGGCCGACUCGGACGGCGACGGCUACAUCAGCCUCGCCGAGUUCGCCGCCAUCAACGCCGCGCCCGACGCCGCCGUCGAGGAGGACCUCCGGCACGCCUUCCGCGUCUUCGACGCCGACGGCAACGGCGUCAUCUCCCCCGCCGAGCUCGCGCGCGUGCUGCGUGGCCUCGGCGAGGCCGCCACCGUCGCGCAGUGCCGCCGCAUGAUCGAGGGCGUCGACCGCAACGGCGACGGCCUCGUCUCUUUCGACGAGUUCAAGCUCAUGAUGGCCAACGGCAAAGGAUUCGGCCUCGCCCAGGGGAACGUCCGCGCCUGAACCUCAAGGCGUGCACUCGGCUCCCGCUUGUUCCUUCAUUCUUUUGCGAGACCGUGUAAAUACGCCCGACGACGACCCACCGCGAAAUACUUACUACUCUACGUAUUAGCUAGUCGCAGAUCACACGAACAUUAUGGGUGUGCCAUUAAUUUUGCUGUAUAUAUAUCGGAACUGCUGCAUCGACACUGAAAAACCAGCUCCAUGUCACAUGUCGAUUUUUAUGUCAGCUUGUGUAUUUGGCGUCAGAUUUUCACUUCUGCUCA